AUGGCGCCGUCCGUCUCAACAACCAGCGACUCGCAGUCGCAUCCCUCGGAGAAGGCUGAGGUCACUCCCGAGCUGCGCAUGCAGCGUCUUCAUAACUGCUGGCCCAUGUUCCAGGACGACGAUCCAAACAUCCAAGGCUACAGCGCCCUGCUGGUCGUAGCCAGAACUAUAUACAGCUAUCUUCCAGAUGCGCUGUGGCCCCCCUAUGGCAACGAAUCGCUGCAGAUGCUGCAGGUCGCACGCAAGAUGAUCCACGAGAGGAACUGGGCGUCCGUGUCCGUCUCGAAGAAGACCGCCAUUCACGAACUGGUGGAUGCGCCGGGUGAUCAGCCCGAGAAAAUCACGUUUCUUGCUCUGAUGAAUAACGAACAUAUGAUCAACAGGUUCUGGUCCCGCCAGGAUUUUCUUCUAUACCAACCACUCAUCCUGUUCAUGAGGCCGGGCGGCAAUAAAUGGGAGAAGGCCACGCCUUCCGAACCCCGUAUAGUAGCCAAGCACUCCCUCGUCGAGUGGGAUGGCUCGACUCCGCUGUCAGAUCACAUCAGUAACCUCUUUGGCUACUUCAGACACGAGGACGGCUCCGCAACGAUACGGUUGUCGGCGAUGCCGUUCCUCGUCCGAGUGCUCUUUACGCCGCAGCAGCGCCGGGGCACACCGCCCGACUUUCGUAGUGUACAAAGAUUCACUAUCCGCUCCAGGAAAUGGGCCAGAACCGAAAGCGGCCGACCCGAACUGCAGCUGAACACCAGCGAGUACGUGUUGAAGGCUGCAGUCAAGACGAGAUCGACCCCAGCUGGGGCCGACUUUGUGCGGAUAUACGGCGCCAAGGGUGAGAACAUCCUGCCGCCCCCCGACGCCGAGCCGAUUGUCGAGAAUACCUGGCGCAUAGGCCAAGAGGGAACCUUUGCCCUGUUCUAUAUCAAGACUAGCGAUAGACGACCGGUAGCCCAGACGCGUGAGUGUGCCGCCGAGACGGCCGACGCCACGCUGUUCCGCAUGGCAGCGCGAGACAAGCUGUCGACGAGCAGCAACGACUGCACCAGCAAGAGCCUCGAGAGUAUACACCAGAUCGAGCCCGCCCAGCCGCCCGUCGGCAAUCCUGUCGUACGUGAGCCGAGCUCCCCUGAGCCCACGACCGACGCCGUCGAAACGGCGGACCACCCGUCGCUUUUCGCUCCGAGCACUUGCGCCUUCCCAGCUGCAUACCCUGGGUCCCAGGAUUCCGGUGCCUUUUCUGGGCUGCCAGUUUCAGUCGAGGAUUGGGACGAGACACAGCGUGCGCCAGGUUCGGCCAGUCUUGGUGCUGUUGGGCUCGCCGAUCGCACAUUCGACAGCGUCCCGGAACUCUCGACUACCAUCGCCGGGAUGGAUAGCUUAUUCAACAUAAACGCUACAUCUAUGUCUCAGAACGAGAUCUUUGAGGCCGAAUGGGAACGCAGCCGCUCAGCUUCCCCCGAGCUUGACUCGAUAGCCAUGAUCCCAAAGAUCAAGCCAAGUAGGGCGGUGGGUCCGGAGGGCAGAUACGAGACUGCUACCCCGGCCGAGACGCGAGGACGUCAGGGACCCGAUAUCAGCGAUUCUAGAAACCAUAGGUCGCCGAGACCCAGCCGACAGCCAUCUCCCGACCACGAGAGGCGCCGGAUCGAAGACGCCGAGAGACGAGCCGCGCGCGCAGCCCAGGAGGCGUACGCGAAGGUGAUGAGAGAUGCCGGGGUAUCCGAACCUCGGUGGCGCCAGAGCUAUCACGGACGCAGUCCGUCCCCAAGCCGCUGCAGACCGCCGACCCGAGAGCACAUGGGACCGCGUUCUCCGGCCGGCUUCGAUCGCAGUCGUCGUCCCACGGGACCUGUGGAUUAUGAUGAGAGGCAACUGAGCUAUGGCGGUGAGUCUUAUAACGAUCGUCGUGCUGAUGCUGCCUCAAGACCCUCAGGGGGCUGGAAUCGAGGCCCCGGACGCCAGAGGUUUUCGAAUUUCGACCAACCUCGCCGACACGACGUAUACAGGCCGAGUAGCAGCUCCGGCUACGCGCGGUCGCCCGACUUCAACUCGCGACGUCAGUCUCGCCAGGACUUCUCAAGACACCGAAGCCGUUCACCCCGCCGGCGUGGCCACAGUCCGAAUGAUCGCAGCCGGUCACCCCCCUAA